UUUGGCGUCGUCGCCCUCCCGUCCGCAUCCCUUCCGAAGCCGAUCCAGACGCGCUGUCCACCACAGAGAUGGCCGCCGAAAACUAUCACCUUAAGUGGGACUCCCACCUGUCCUAUCUAAACUCUUCCAUUGCCACGCUUUACAAAAAUGAAAAGUUCGCCGAUGUGGUCCUCUACAGCUCAUACAACAGCAGCGGCAUCCCCUCGGACAUACCCACGGUGGGCAUAUCGGCGCACAAGUUCAUCCUGAGUGCUUCGUCGCAGUUUUUCGCCACCAUGUUCGAAACAGCGCCGAUUACCGCUCCUAAUGGUGUCCUGUACGUGGUCCUACCGCCCGAUCUCAGCCAUCGGGCCAUUCAGAUCCUGGUGCAGUACAUGUACAGCGGCGAGGCCACAGUCUCCAACGACAUACUCAACGAGGUUCUGCGUGGUGGCGAGAUUCUAAAGAUCCGUGGCCUGUGCCGCACCAGCGCUUCCAACGGCGGCGGCACCGUCGUGUCCACCUCGCACCACACGCUGGGCGGACACAUGCAUCCGCGGGAGGGAAACGCCAUGUACAUGUCGAAUGGCUCACGUUCUGCUGCCCUGCCGCCUCCUCCACCGCCGCCGCCCAUUUCAGAUCAUUAUUCCAACAAGCCAGGAGGAUCCCAACGCUUUGCUCUCGAACACCACCACCUGUCGUCACAUCACAACCACCUGAGCCACCACCAUCAGCAGCAGCAGCAGCAAUUUCGCGGAUUGGGCGCCUCCGUGAUGCCCAAGGACAGUCCCGUGAUCAUCAAGUCACCCAAGAUGGCCUCCCACACGGGUCUACUCACAGUGGCCAGCAGCAGCAAGCUGGGCAUCUCGGUAAACAAAGAGGUGGCCAUCGAUCCAGAGGACAAGUGCUGCUUUGCGGCCUCUGGACAAGUAGAGCCGCAAUCACAUCCACCAGCCCCAACCUCAUCGUCGACAGCCGGAGCCGUAGCCGGCGGCGGCGCUGGUGUUGGAGGAACCAUAGCAACAGGAGCCUCAACCUCUCAGCCCAUAUCCAUAUGCACGGAGGUGGGUUGCAGCAGUUGUCCCAUGGCCCCUGGACCGAGUGCGGAGCAAUCAGAGACCAGCUUGAGGCGCACGGAGUACGAGGAGCAGGCGUUACGCGAGCGAAACGAGGUGGGGCUGGUUUUUGAGAGACGUCUUCGGAGGGAGAGUGCCUGCGAGAGAUCUCGCGAUUAUUACGAGGCACCGCCGCCCCACUUCGAGCACGUAGUGCCCUCCCGCCUGGCUACCGCUUCACCACCACCAGCACCACCUCAACAGGCGCCGCCAAACCAUCGACAUGGCCACAAUUUCCUCACCAUUAAGCAGGAGCCGACCGACUGGAGCACCAACCCACCCACUGCGUCCAGUGCCAACAACAACAACCUCGAGGAGGGACCGCUGGUGUCGCCCAAACAACCGCUGGACUUCAAAAUGAGCGCUGUCAAGAUGGAGGUCAACCGGGAUAGGGGCACGCCUUCAGACGAUUCCGAGGAGCACACUCUGCGCGACUACAACAAUUUUAAGCAGCUGCUGGUUUGCGAGAUCUGCCAGAAGUCGUUCGAGGACACCAAGAUGUUGGUCCGCCACUUGGGCACCCAUGCCAGCGAUCCAGCAGCCGGAGCGGGGUCCAAUCUGCUUGGGCCCAGUGCAAGCGGUAGUGCUCCAAGUGCCUCCGGAAAUUCCAGCAAUCUCGCCCUGAGAGCUCUGAAAACCUAUGUGCCAAAGAAGCGACGCCGCGUCUCGCAACAAGAGAACAACAUGGAUCACGAUCAUGUCACUCUGCUCUGCGAUUUGUGCUCCACUGCCUUCGAAACGCCUGCGGAGUGGGUGCGCCACAUGAACAGCCAGCACACGGAGAUCGAGCUGGCCAUGUUCAACAGCAAGAAGGAUGGCGAGCAGAAGGGCCAGCAGCAGCAGCAGCAGCAGCAGCAGCAGCUACAGCAGCCGGCCACCAGCAGCUCUUCCACAGUGUCCACCAGCCAAAUGCAGCCAAAGUAUCCCAGCUCCACCACCAACUCCACGCGAUCGAUGCUGAGUAGGAGCAGCAAUAUCGAUGUGGCAGCUUCAGCUGCGACCUCCACCUCUCCGGGACCUUCGGAGGCAGCCGCCACUUCAUCAUCGACCGCCUAAGGAUGCUCACCAGCACCGUCAACACUCGCCACACGAGGAUCCCUGGGGCUUUGUGAGCCACAUUAACACACCAUUUUGUUCGAUAAAUUCAAGUCGUUCCAGUUGUAAUCAAAAAACAAAAAGAAGGAAGAUGUUUAUAAGGCAACAGCAAGAACCGUGAUCAAAAUGCAACCAGUUUGCAUAUUUUAUAGAGAGCAACAAGCAAAAUACAAAAAUCGGAAAAAAAAUUAACGAAACUGUACGACGAAACUCUUAGAAUUGGAAUCGUCAGGCAACGAUGCAAAACAAAAAUAAAACAAAUCUAAAUGUAAGGGAAACCUUUUUUCGAAAACGAAAGGAAAACCAGAUUUAACUCAACUCUGUAGAGUGUUUUUUUUAAGUGUAUGGAUGUACCUAGUUUUAGCCAUAUUAUUCCCCAGUAAACAAACAUGUAAUUACUGUACCAACGCGCAAUUGAUACGACGGAGGAUAACUUAACUAUUUAAUCAUAUGAAAUCAUUUUCCCCGCAAAUUUCGAAUUUGAUCCAUUUAAAAUAUAUUUAUUUCUCAUUUGUUGAUUAAACCCGAAACAAUUCCAUUUGUAGGACCAACGUGGGGGCAGAGAGAUUAAGGUACUUAUCGAUUUUGAUAACAAAUCAUAAUUCAGGUGCAUCGAAAACAAUAAUCAUCCUGUCUUACUACCCAAUAUUGACAUCUGCUGCUAAUUUUCGAAUGUAAUAAUUGAUAACUACUGUAUUUCAUAUGCUCCUAUCGCAGGCAUAUGAGGUCAGCAAAUUUGUUGAACUUUUUUGUAUUCUUUUUAUAUUCACCAGAACUUUCGAGAAGUAUUUGUAUAUAGAUUAAGUUUGAUUUUGAUUUUGAAAGUCCGCCGAUUGAAACUUUUUGCGAGAAGUUUAUAAACUUAAAUCUCUAGAUGUGUGUGUAGUAGUUGGAAGUUCAAUUAAAAAACUCUCCCCAACCAUGUAAAAACAAAAACAAUAUACAAUAUACUAUAUACAUACAUAUAUUUACAA